UCCCCCACUCCAUUCCAGCAGGUGGCGGUAAUGCAGCUCUAAGCUGGUUUGGUCAACCGCAAACCCACACGAAGAAGAGGACGACUGCGCCCUGUCAUGCAGCUAAUUCAGGCUGGGGUCUCCCGGAUCAUUCAGCUGGUCAGAGGAUCGUUGCUGUCUUUGGUGCUAGUCUUCUUUUCUCCAUGGCUUCUGCUGAAACAGACUCCAAAUCUCUUUUCUCUCUGGAGUCCUACCAUGUCUCAGAGGAACAUGGCUUCAUUCUUCCAGAACCUUUGGAAGAGCUUCCACCUUACUACAAGCCAUGGAUGGAUAUUGCCCUGAGAGUCCCAGAGCUUGUGCACUCCCAUGAGUUGCGCUCCCAUGUUAACAAGAUGCCACUGCUGAGCAGCACGUUCCUGCAGAAACACAGAGAGUUACGGCUGGCCCACCUGGCCCUCAGCAUGAUGACUAUGGGCUACAUCUGGCAAGAGGGAGAGAAAAAUGCAGCUGAGAUAUUACCGCAAAACCUGGCUGUUCCAUACUGGGAAGUGUCACAGCGCUUAGGGCUUCCCCCAAUUAUCACACAUGCAGAUGCAGUAUUGGCUAACUGGAAGAAGAAAGAUCCUGAUGGGCCUUUCAACAUGCAGAACUUGGAGUUGCUGGUCAGACUCCCAGGUGGAGAAAGUGUCCGAGGUUUCUUCUUGGUCACUCUGCUGGUUGAGCUGGCAGGAGUUCCUGCAGUGAGGAGUAUUCCCACGGUGAUCAAUGGUGUGAGGUGCAGUGACACUGAGGCUGUGGCCAGAGGCCUGGAGAUCAUCAGCAAGUCUAUUGAGGACAUGACCGAUGCACUCAGAUUAAUGCAAGUGUACGUGGACCCUUCAGUUUUCUAUGGCAUUAUGAGGAUCUACCUGUCUGGGUGGAAAGACAACCCUUGUAUGCCAAAAGGGCUGAUUUAUGAAGGGGUCCAGACAGAGCCGAUGGAAUAUUCAGGAGGGAGUGCUGCACAAAGCAGUUUGCUGCACUGCUUUGAUGAGCUUCUGGGAGUUAAACAUGAACCAAAAAGUGCUUCCUUUCUAAUCCGCAUGAGAGACUACAUGCCACCUCUUCACAAGAAACUGAUCCAGGACAUCUCUUUGCAACCAUCCUUAAGGAAUUUUGUCCAGAAGCAGGAUUGCAAGGACCUCAACAAGGCCUUUGAUCUCUGUGUUACAAAGCUGCUGGCUUUGCGCAGCUACCACAUUAAUGUUGUCAGCCGCUUCAUCACAGUACCUGCUGCCCGUGCUCGACAACUGCGUGAACAAAACCACGACUCAGACGGGGAGAUAAUCAGCAGAGCUCCCACAGCGCUUGAGGAGAGGGGCACCGGAGGCUCUGGUAUCAUGUCCUUCCUAAAAACUGUGAGGGACCAAACAAAAGAUACAUUGCUGCCUGAGGCGAGCAAAGAAGUAAAACAUCACAGUUGAUGUGAACUGUCAUCACUGAGGAACAGAGAGUCAAGCAAAUCACAUAAAACACCCAGAAAAUCAACUCUCAUGACUCGCUGCACUAUUUGAUCUGUCAUUAAAAGGAUGGCUUUUGGCAGAAUGAAAGUGAGGGGCCUCUGUUGCUUGUCUUACAUGUAGCUUUGGUGUGUCUGUAGAGAAACCAAAACACACAUAAGUGACACCCAUCAAUUGAUCCAAACCAUAAUUUUUUUUUUAACCCAGUUUUACUGUUUCUUUUCAUUACACUCAACCACUAAUUCCUUCUUUGAUCUGAACUGGAAUGGGGAAAAAAAGCACCAGUUCCAGUUAUUUGGGGGACAUUUGGACAUUAAACAGCUGAAAUUCAGUACUAACUUACCAGUAAUUUUGGAAAAAUUGACUGUGAAACCGAAAUCAAGUAUAUUUUUCAAAUCACAAAGACUUCUUGCUUUCUGCAGUUUGAAGAUCAUCUUAUAUCAUCCGCCAUGAUUACAGACAUAGAUGUUAAAAUAACUGACUUUCUGGCUGUAAAAUGAAGGAAUUGUAAUACCUAGUGAAACCAUGGUAGGGCACUAAAGGGCAGCAUUGUGAUAAAAUAGUUUUCUACAAGCUGUAAGAGUGGGAAGUAGAUCAGAGAAGCAAGCUCCUGCUUUGGCCUUGAUAAGCAAAAGUGACCCCAUAAGGAUAGUGCACUAUUCAUUAAUCACAGUUAUAUGAUGAUGUAUUAAAAUUCACACUCCACACACUAAAGUACCAAGAGGGUGCAACCUGACCUUUCCAUAUCAGAAAAUAAUCAUCCUUUGUUGUGUCUUAACUCUGCAGAACUGAUUCACAAUGGGAUUGUCAUGUCUGAGCACAAUGCAGUGCAGAGAUGCAUCAACUUAUCAGAGUAGUUACCUCAGCUCUCCUGCCUUCCUCCUCCAGCCCACAUCCAGCCCUCACAUGCCCUACCAUACUUCCUGGACCCACUGUGUGGAAAACCCAGGUCAAUGAAGGGAUGGAUUGUGCCAUGAAUGGCUCAUGCUAUGUAAUCUUCUCCUUUCCUGGCUCAUCUCCACUGGUAUUUCAUUACAAUAACAGCCUCGCCAGAUCAGAUAAGAGAGACGAUGUGGCAAUUAGACAUGACAGUUUCCCCCAACCUGAGUGACCUACUUUAUCUUGAACUCUUUUCACAUGCUGGUGAGCGAGAAUGACAAUA